UGGAGGUUCGCGGAAGCCAAGCUUUCUGUCUUGCGGCAGUUCGGCAACUAAGAAUAGUUUUGGGCCUAGUCCGCGAGAGUGUUAGUCCAGGAGCGUCUCCCCGAGCCCUUGGGUCCUCUUCCCCGAACAGCACCCGCCGGCUCUCUUCAACCACCUCCGACCCUCGUCACUCACUGUCGUUUCCUUGCGCUUUUUGUAUUCCGUGAACAUGCACUUACUUUCCAUUCUCCCCCUUGCAGCUGCCUUUGCCAGUGUGACUGCUGUUGAAGCCGAUCCUCCGCCACAGUUCAAUCUCAAUCUCAAGUAUGACGAGACUGCAGAUUGGUACAAGGCUCACGGGAUGCCGGUGCCAGAAGUUGCGUCUGAAAUCACUGUCAUUGCACCGAAUAGUAGCUAUGUUGUGAAGCUGGAAUGUCCGGACUGUCCUUUCCUUGUCAAAGACGGCGAGAAUGAUGUAUGGUUGAAGCGUGACAACUCUUUGCUCUUGGAGUUCGACAUCAGAGACGACCGGUCCGAAAUCUCGACCAUGGAAUUGAACGGAGGCCAAGUUCUGCCCCUCGCCACGAUGCCACUUUUCAUAAACGCUUACCAAGUCGCGGCCAACAUCUCUCAGGAAGCAAUGGAUAGCAUCGUGCGCGAAGGGAUGCUCGACCCACAAGUCAUCGAGCAGACGAACUACCACCAGUUCCCACUGCAGUACGAGCACACGCUCCUUAAGACGAAGACUCCUGGACAGUGGUGGCUGCAGUUUGAUGUAACCGGUCUCCAUUACGGUCGCAAUGGCGAGGUUGCGUCCUUUGACGAGGAUCGCAGAAUAGUGCAGAUCUUGGUCAAAGAGCAGAAAGUUGAAAGCGAGGAGGGACACUCCUUGAUCAUCGAGGACAUUCACAUCGUGGAAAGAUACAUGCGCGCACAGCCACUCAAGAUGAAAUGCGGAAAGAUGGCUGCGGUGAAGACCUCCUUCAAUCCUAGCGAGUGGGAUAGUUACGGCAAGCUGGGUUCCUGGUCUCGCACGUGGAACAUGUUUUCUGUCAGGAUGGGGCAGUAUUGGCUGGAUAACAUCCAACACAACGCCCUGUUGCUGCCGCUCGUAUUGCUCCUCGCGUUCAUUAUCUUCUUUGUCCACGUCUGGUACCAGAGAAGGCAGCAGGACAAGGACAUGGACGCAGAGUACGCUCUACUGGAGUCCGAGCAAGAUGAUUUGCCUCCAGCAUACUCAGAUAUUCCCGUCAUCAAGAUCGAAGAGUACGACUGAGCUGGAAUUAGAGAAAGGGCGGACGCCGUUUGAAAGGGCGCAAUUUCCGACUACUUACCAAUACUGCCAGUUUUAAUAAUCUCAACUGCUUUCUUUCUUGGUACUGAUUUUUACUGUCAGAAUCUUCUCAUCAUCGUUCUUGUGCUACCUUGAUAGAUACGUACAUUAUCAAAUGGGCUAGUGCUCCCGAGCACCUCAAGACAAAAACAUCGAGCCUCCCCAGAGGAGAUCCAACCACAACAUGCCUCACACCAUCGAGCCCUACAACGCCCAAUGGCCCUCACAAUACGAGCACAUAAUCCGCGACCUCACUCGCGCCCUCCCCAACAACACAGACAUCGUAUUCACCCAUAUCGGCAGCACAGCCAUACCCCAGCUCCCUAGCCGCCCUAUAAUCGACAUCCUCCUCACCGCCCCCGCAUCCCUCAUCGCCACCCUCUGGGCCGCUCUCGAACCGAACUACACCCCCUCCCCCGCCCACCCCCCAUCCCACGG